CAGAGUUUUUAGGAUGUUCAUCUAUACAUAUUCCUUGGGUUGAGGAUGAAAAAGCUGAUGUAGUUUCUUCAACCAAUGGGUUAGAGAUAAAUUACGACGAUGAAGAUAAUAUUAAAGAAGUAAAAGAAAGAUCAAAAGGUUCUUUUAUUAAUAGAUUGAAAGCCAUAUGGUUUAGAUGUAGUUGUUAUCCUCAAAAACGUUCACCACAUCCUAUCACCAAAUCGGCGAGCAGUACACAAUUUCCAAGUUUGUUUAAAUAUAUUGAUGGAAGAAGAUAUCAUAAUUAUGAGAAUUCAAGAUAUCCAUUACCGAAUGAUGAUGAGGAAAUAAAUCGAUUACAAACUCAACAUUAUUUGUUUAGAUAUGCUUGGGGUGGAAAUUACUCUUCACCUGUUGAAGAAAUUCUUAGAGCCGGCGGCGCGCAUGUGUUGGAUAUCGGGUGUGGUCCAGCUACUUGGGUUCUCGAAAUGGCGAGCGAAUACACGUCAACUUCGUUUAUUGGAAUUGAUUUUUCACUGGUUUUUCCAACAAACAUUAAACCACGAAAUGUCCAAUUUUAUCAUAUGAACAUAUUAGAUGGUCUUCCGUUCGAAGAUAAUACUUUUGAUUUUGUAUACCAACGAUUUAUGGGAUUAGCAUUAACCGAAAAACAAUGGCCAAUGUUACUUACAGAACUUGUUAGAGUGACAAAACCUGGUGGCUGGAUUGAAUUGAUGGAAUGUGAUUUGCAAUUUGAUAGCGAAGGACCAAUUUCAUCGCGUGUUAAUGAUGCAGCACAAAUGUAUCUAAAAUCACAAGGAAUAAAUGCACUAAUAUGUCCACACAUACCACAGUUAAUGACCGAUAUACAAAAUAUUACUAAUCUUGAAAAAAAGCAAGAAUCUACGCCAUUGGGACGAUGGGGAGGACUAAUAGGAGAAUUAGCAAGAGAAAAUGUAAUCGGUUUGAGUCGAUCACUAAAACCGGUUUUAUUUCCAAUUCUCGAAGAAAUGUUUGGUGAAUUAAAUUUGGAAUAUGAAACAAUUAUUAAAGAAAUUAUGGAUAAUGAAGUUAACCAAUACAUGUCUG